UGGGGAAGUUUAAACGCGACUAGUUUUGACGAAUCAACGCAUUCUUCUACUGGUGUAUUGAUGUGAGAGAGGGGUGUUGUCACCAGGUCACCUCGUCCUAUACGUAAUUUAGUUCGGAGCAUUUCGGGGAAUGAAGCAAAAGCAUGUAGAUGACCGUGAUUCCAGCAGAGUGGGCGGAAAUUAGCUCUGAGCCAAACUGUAUUUUAAACUAUCUUCCAGUAGUGUACAGACAGCCAACAGAAUCAGCUGCACUCGCCUGCACCAUCGUUUCCAAAGCGGCCCGCCGGCGGUGCCUUGAACCUCUGGACAAUCUACAGAUGAAACUCUUUGCACUCGCACUGCUUCUCCCUCUGGCCCACGGGAGAAGUCCAAUUGUGAAGACAACAGAGAACUUGGUAGCAGUUUUAGGUGAAAAUGUUACCUUCACCUGCACGACGCAUCUAAAAGAUAUUCUACAAGUGACCUGGCAAAAGUUAAACGGUCAAUCAGAGGAUAAUAUCGCCACUUUCAUUGAAGCGGUUGGACCCAAAGUAUUUGGAUCGUUUACCGAUAGAGGUUCCAUUUUGCCAUCAAACCAGCAGGAGUCAGCCCUUGUCCUCUCUGGAGUGAGGCUUGAAGAUGAAGGAUGUUAUCAAUGUGUCUUCACAACAUUCCCAAAUGGAUCAAAUAUUGGGAAGACCUGCCUCACUGUACUUGAAAAACAAUCCGCUGAGGAGACACAGAAGAAUAAAACAACAGUUACAAAUGCAAAUGUUAACUUCACCUGCACAACACAAUUAAAAAAUGUUCAGCAGGUUACCUGGCAAAAGCUGAAUGGCCAAUCCGAGGAAAAUAUAAUGAAAUUCAAUGCAACACUCAAUAUAAUUGAGCUCCAUAACGAUCGAGUUGCUUUCAUAGCACGAAGUAAAUAUGGGUACACGAUCAAACUCUCUGCAGUAAAGCCAGAAGAUGAAGGAUGCUAUCAGUGUGUCUUUAAUACAUCCACAACCAUAUCAAUUACUGGGAAGACCUGUCUCACUGUAACUGGUAAGCCUAAACCAUCAAUCUCAAGAAACCAAAAACCACAUGCAUCACAGUUUACAACACCUUAUUUUUGGAUUAUUAUAGGACUUCUAGCAAUACCAACAGUUUUUUAAGAUUCUAUUUCCACUGGAAUAAGAGAAAGUAAAAAAAAGGGUUGGACAUUAUUUGGAGCUUAAGACACUUUGGCAUUCAAAUGAUAAAAUUUGAACCCCUCCUCACAAGCAGUUUGGCUCCAAAUGAAGACUUCCAAGAACUGGGACCAAGAUAAACAUUAAAAUAUGGUGUUUCUUUGUGUAGAUGUUGUUCCUUAGCAAGAUUGCCAGAUAGUUUUAAUUAACUAUUGUACUGUAUCUAAUUGUAAUUAAUAGUUUGCACAUUCAAUUGAAAUUUAUUUUAAAAUGAUUUUAGCAUUAGUCAAUUAUUUUUGAACAGCUAGCUGGUAUUUCCAUUAACAUAUCAGGAAAAAUAAGUUUUUAAAUGUUUUUAUUACAGCAUGGUGUGAUAAGAAUAUUGUUGAAAAUUCUGUUUACAACUUAGUGUAAAAUUAACUGAAAUAGCAUAGUUCCUCUAGUCUCAAUGUAUUGCAUUAAACAUACUGUCAGAAUAUUUUUUUAAUUGUGUAUCCAGAAGCUAUAUAUAUUUACUUUCACAAAAAUCCUGUUGGUUUCAUUUCUUGUAACUGUACGUUAUUUCUGAAACAUCAGGGAUCUCUCAGGGUAAAUCUCCACGUUUAUGCCCUCUCCCCUUUUGAAAAUGCACUUCCCGGCCUUCCAUUGUGACUUGAUAGGGUGGAUGUGAAGGGCAGCAAGUGGGGUAGUUGGUAAAGCUGCUGCCUCACAA